AUGAUCACUCGAUCACCACCGCAUCUGAUCGUGUAUCGCGGAUGGCUAGAUAAAGGAAAAUAUACUUGGUCGCCAUUCGUGACCAAGAUCGAAUUCCGUUUGCGCCAUGCCGGGCUGCGAUACACAGCGGAAGUCGGGGGUCCGAGAGUUGCACCCAAGGGCAAGAUACCCUACGUCGACCUCAGCUCUCUCCAGAACGAUGCCGGCACCGUGCCUGACCUGCUGGGCGACACGACCUUUAUCAUUGAACGACUGCAGAGCAUGGACUGCCUUUCACAGCUCAACCUCAAUUUGACAGACGAGCAUAAACUCAAUGACCUCGCCAUCAGGGCUCUGUGCGAAGAGAAACUCUGCUUUUACAACAUGCGGGAGAAGUGGCUAGAAAAUUACUACGUGCAGCGCGACAAGGCCCUGUGGGCAGUCCCGUACCCGAUGCGCGUCGUCAUUGGAUUCUUCAUACACCGGGGGGUAACACACACCCUGCAUGGACAAGGAACUGGGCGAUUCAGCGACGAAGAGGUCCGAAAACUAAAAACAGAGGUCUGGCAGUCCAUCGACAACGUGCUGAGGCAGAGACUGAAGCCGGCGAUGGCCACCGAGCCAGCGUGGAUUCUGGGUGGCGACGCACCAACCGAGGCAGAUGCGACAUUGUUCGGAUUUAUCGUCUCUGCUCUUGUCAGUGAAAGUAACCCGGAGUCACGAUCCCUCGUCAAGACGUUUCCCAGUAUCAUCGACUACGCGGAGCGGAUUCACCGCCGUUUCUUUCCUGAUUACGAGGUCUGGCUGUGA